GACGUUUAUACAUUUGAUUUAUGUUAAAUCAAAAAGAUUAAUAAAUCAUUGAUUGUGUUUGAAUAUUUCAAAAAGAAUUUUAAACGAUUUGGAUUAUAAUUGCUCAAUUCUUUAUAUGUGUUUGCUAGUGUGUUUUUAAUCGAAUCAUAUCAUUUGUUUUUUGAUCAUUUUUUUUCCAUUUGUUAUUGACAACAAAUUAUCAUCAAUCAUUUAGAAUUGCAUUUUUUUCCACGAAUAAUUGUGAAUAAUGUAAUGAUGCCUUUGGCGCCACAAUUAUCUGUGCCACAUUUGGGUCAAUUAUCAUCAACAUCACCAAAGAUUCGUAGUAGUAAUAAUAAUAAUAAUCCUAAUCAUCAUCAUUUUAAUAACAAUCAAACAAUAAAAAUGAUUAAAGCUUCAAAACCGAAGCUUUCAUUUAGCAUUGAUGCUAUUGUUGGUAAAAGGAAAACAUUGGAUCAUCAUUCAUCAGCCGCUAUAACAGCUAUAACAAGUCAAGAUGAUGAAUCAUCUAAUGAUACAAUUAAUAAUGAAACAACAUCAUCAUCAACAAUGUCUGAUCUAUUAUCAUCAUCCGUAUCGGCUUUUGAAACAAGACCAUUAAAACGUCGUUUAAGUGAAACAUUUGCUGCCGCUACUGCUGCUGCUGCGGCCGCUGAUGUCGAUCUAAAUAAUGAUCGUCAUUCAGUUAGUCCAAAUUCAAUUGGUCACGAUCAUCAACAUCGACGAUUAUCACCAAACAAUUUGAUUGGUGGAAGGCAAUCAAUUUCACCACCAUCAUCUAAUGGUACAUCAACAACAAUGCCACCGGAUAUUGGAUCUCCUGGUAGAAGUCUUUCACCAUUAUCAUUAGUGACUAAUCAUAAUAAUCAAUCAUUGAUUGCAAAUACUCAACAACCACCGAGCUCAUUGACGAAUAUGGCACAAUUUUUGGCUGCUGCCCAUAAUAAUCGUCAAUCAUUGUUGACGGGAUCCACAACCGGAUUGGUAAUACCAUCAACACCACCACCACCACCAUCAACAACAUCAAGUCAUCAUUCAUCAUCAUCACCAAUGUCACCCGGACAAUUAUCAUUACCGGUUUCAUCUGCCGCAUCAACGUCCACAUCAUCAUCAUCAUCAUCAUCAUCAACAACAAUAACAACUUCGACGACGACCACACAACAACCCCAAAUAUCAACAAUUGGACAUCCAAAUCAUCCGAUGAUGGUAGCAGCGGCUGCCGCAGCUGCUGCAGCUGCUCAUUCACAACUUCCAUCAUCAGCUACGGGAGCAACGACAGCAGCACCACCACCUCCAACAGCAUUACCAUCCGAUUAUCAACAUGCAGCAGCAUUUUAUCCAUGGUUUCUUCGUGCCAAUCCAUUUGCUGGCCGUUUUCCUGGAAUGCCAUUUGAUACACCAUUGGGAUCAUUUUUGCUACCUCCAUUUAGAAAACCUAAACGUAUUCGUACAGCAUUUAGCCCUGGACAAUUAUUGAAAUUAGAGCAGGCAUUUGAAAAGAAUCAUUAUGUUGUCGGUAAUGAACGUAAACAAUUAGCCAAUCAUCUUGGUCUCAGUGAAACACAAGUAAAAGUUUGGUUUCAAAAUCGUCGUACAAAACAUAAACGACAAAAACAAGAGGAUGAAGAAUCCGGUUCAAACGGUGGUACUGGUAGCGGAAAUAAUACAACUAAUGGUGAUAAUAAUAAUGGUUCAGGACAAAGAGAUUUUAAUACAGAUGAUGAAGAAGAGAUUGAUCUUGAAGAUGAAGAAUGUGGUAGUGGUGAUGAUCAAGAUGAUGGACAUCAUCAUAAUCAUCUUCAUAAUCAUCAUGGUACAAAUUCACAUCAUCAUUUACAUGGUGUUAGUGGAUCAGCAGCGGUAGCUGCUGCUGCAGCGGCAGCAGCAGCCGCAGCACAACAACAUGCAUUAAAAUUUGCUAAUAUGCAUCAUCUUUGGUAUCAAUCAGCAAUGGGUUUAAUGGCAGCAGGUGGCACAAAUGGACAGGAUGCCGGUCAUCAUCCACCAGUCACAUCUUCUGGCUCAAAUUAAAUUAUAAAUGAAAUUUUAAAAAAACAAACAAACAUUGUUGUAUAUACGAUAAAUAUUCAUCGCUAUCAUUGUUUGAUUAUAAUUUAUUGAAAUUGAAAUUAUAAAUAAAAUUUGUCAACAAACACGCACACACAAA